CAUGGCUCACAGCUCUCUCUUUCUCUCUCUCUCACGAAUAAGCAUCACGUGCCCUCUUCUACAAUAUCAAUAAACCCUUCUCAUCUCUCACACUUUGAAGCAGCAUCCAUGGCUUCCUCUCUCCAAGACCCCUUUCUAACCCACACGAAAGAAGAACAAGAUGAAGUCCACCAAGCCCAGGCCCAUGAAGACCAGACAACAGAGAAGCAUCCGACCUCCAUCAAUGAGGCCAUCGAAGAAUAUGUGGGCUCGUUUGGGCCUGGUCAGCUAGCUCAGGCCUUGCUUGUGUCCAUCGCCUGGUGCUUUGAUGCUCAACACACCUUCAUAAACAUAUUUACUGAUGCUGAGCCGACUUGGCACUGCACGAGCCCAAGUGGGUGUGGCGGAGCUGCUUCUGUGUGCGAGAUCGGAACAGAUAUGUGGGCCUGGGACAGGGGUGUGUGGGCCUCAACGGUUUCCGAGUGGGGAGUGUCGUGCUCGAGCCGGGUGAUUGCAGGGUUGCCGGCAUCGGCCUUCUUUUUCGGUUGCUUGGUUGGUGGCCUCGUCUUAGCAACGCUGGCAGACACAGCCCUAGGUCGCAAGAGGAUGCUUCACAUCACAUGCCUCAUGAUGUCUCUAGCAGGUCUCUUCACCUCUCUCUCUCCAAACAUAUGGACCUACUCCUCACUUCGUUUCAUAAGCGGCUUUGCACGUGCCACUGUCUGCACGAGUGCCCUUGUCCUCUCAACCGAGCUCGUAGGCAGACGGUGGAGGGGAGAGGUUGGUGUAAUUGGCUUCUUUUGCUUCACAAUUGGCUUUCUCUCUCUACCCAUCAUGGCCUACUUCUUUCAAAAUUCUUCAUGGAGGGUCUUAUACUUGAUGAUCUCUCUCCCCACAUUUUUCUACUCAAUCUUGGUGCAUUUUUUUGUUAAAGAAUCACCAAGGUGGCUUCUAGUGAGAGGAAGAGAGGAGGAGGCUUUGAAAAUUUUGAGAUCAAUGGCUAGGCUCAAUGGCAAGAGCAUUGAUUUCAACAUAGAGGCACUUUGCAUAGAAGAGGAGGCAUGGAAUGUGAAUGUUUAUUCAGCCAUGAAAAUAUUGUGGGAAAAAAAGUGGGCUUUUAGAAGGUUGUUGGCUAUAAUGGUUGUUAAUUUUGGGGUGGGGCUUGUGUAUUAUGGAAUGCCACUAGGGGCUGGAAAUUUAGACUUCAAUCUCUAUCUAAGUGUCACUUUCAAUGCCUUGGCUGAAUUUCCCUCAGCCCUCCUCACAUUUUUCCUAAUCUCUAGGCUUAAUAGGAGGUGUGCUAUGAUCACAUUAUCUAUGGUCAGUGGGGUCUUUAGCAUCUUGUGUGUAUUCUUGUCUAGAGAGAGAAAGGGGGGUUUGUCCUUGUCUAAAGAGAGAACGUGGGAUGUGUUGGUUUCUAUUGAGAGAAAGGGGGACAUUAAGAAUGGGUGGCAAAUGGGGGCAGAGUUUGUGGCCUUCUUUAGCUGUUGCACAGCCUUUAACAUUGUGAUUAUAUAUUGUUUAGAGUUGUUCCCAACUAGUGUGAGAAACUCAGCUCUUUCUUUGGUUAGGCUGGCCAUUGUGUUUGCUGGGAUUUUUAGCCCAUUGCUUGUGGUGUUGGGGAGAGAGAAUGCAUUUUGGUCAUUUGGGGUGUUUGGGUUGGUGAUUAUUUGCUGUGGAAUGUUCUCUUUGUUGUUGCCUGAGACAAGAGGUAGGCCAUUCUGCGACACCAUGGAGGAGCAAGAGUGCAAAGAGGGCACUUCUUCCAGUCCGCUGGGUGCGUGAGUUUUGAGUUAUUGGCUCUCCCUUCUUUCCAAAGGUGUGAAUGAAUAUUAUUUGAAUUUUAAUGUACAUCUGUCUCUCUCUCUCUGCUAGCGUUAUGGGACUCGGCCGAGGCCACUGGGAGCCAGCCAAUUAAUUCGGCCAUUUGGAAUUGGCCAAGUAAUUUUUCGAGUUUCCGGCAAGU